AGGCGGGGAUUGCGAAGGGAAAGGCCCCAGGCCAUAAACGGGGGUGGGGCCUCCCCGGAGGCCACUGCGCGGCCGCGGUGCUCCACCGGCGCGUCGCUCCGCCCCCAGGGAGAGCCAGCGCUACCAUGGAGGAGUACCAUCGCCACUGCGACGAGGUUGGCUUCAAUGCUGAGGAAGCCCACAAUAUUGUCAAAGAGUGUGUAGAUGGUGUUUUAGGUGGUGAAGAUUAUAAUCACAACAACAUCAACCAGUGGACUGCAAGCAUAGUGGAACAGUCCUUAACACAUCUGGUUAAGCUGGGAAAAGCUUAUAAAUAUAUUGUGACCUGUGCAGUGGUCCAGAAGAGUGCAUAUGGCUUUCACACCGCCAGCUCCUGUUUUUGGGAUACCACAUCUGAUGGAACCUGUACUGUAAGAUGGGAGAACCGUACCAUGAACUGUAUUGUCAACGUUUUUGCCAUUGCUAUUGUUCUUUAACUGACUAAAAAUGUUGGGCUAAAGCCAUUAACUUAAGAAUUUGCCAGUGUAUCCUUUCAAAAAAAGAGUAAUAGUUAUUUAUUAGUGUGCUAGAUGACAAGCGUGCAAUAUGCUUUAGAGCUACCAACAAAAACUGAAUAUUAUAAGCAAGCAAUAUCAUAGUUAUUGGCAGAUUAUCUCAUUCUCUAUACAACAUCAUAUAAAUCAGAAAAAUUGAAUUCUAGCAAAAUAUAAAUGCAGAAAUAUGGUAUGAUAUA